CACUCAUCCGCUGUCGUGGCGCUUUUGGGGAAGAAGUUUUGCUGGGCCCUGGUCCUGAAGUCGUGGUGCGCGUGACCCCUGGCUCCUUUCCACCCACCCCUCUGCCCGCCUUUCCCUCCCUCUUCUUGCAGGAUGAGGCGUGCAGGCCUGGGUGAAGGAGCACCCCCUGGCAACUAUGGCUAUGCUAAUAGUGGGUAUAGUGCCUGUGAAGAAGAAAAUGACAGACUCACUGAAAGUCUGAGACACAAAGUAACUGCUAUAAAGUCUCUUUCCAUUGAAAUAGGCCAUGAAGUUAAAAGUCAAAAUAAAUUCUUAGCUGAAAUGAAGAGAAGGGAAGGAGAGAGGGAGAGAAACAUCAAUGUAUGGUUGCCUUUCAUGCGUCCCCUGCAGGGAACCGGCCUGCAACCCCGGUAUGUGCCCUGACUGGGAAUCGAACCAUAAUUGUCUGGUGUGCAGGCCCGCACUCAAUCCACUGAGCUACACCAGGCAGGGCCUUUUCAUUUUUUUAAAAAUUAUUUUAUUGUUAAAGUACAGUUGUCUGCAUUUAGCCCUCACUAGUCACCCCCUCCCCAGCCAUCCCCACCUCCCUCCCCUGAUUCCACAGCCCCCUUGGUUUUGUCCAUGUGUUCUUUACAGUUGUUCCUGAAAACCCUUCUCCGUCCCCGCAUUAACCCCUCCCACCUCCCCUCUGGUUACUGUCAGAUUGUUCUUAAUUUCAUUGUCCUGGUUAUAUUUUGCUUGCUUGUUAGUUUUUCUUUUGCUUGAUAUCCUAAGGAUCACUUGUGAACAAAUCAGUAGGAUUUGAACUAGUAAUAUUGUAAAACCUCUUAUCUCUAAACAAUCUCAGCAAUAUAUACCUUUUCUUCUGCAAGCCUCUUUUCAUUCUUUAGUGUUUACUUUGGAUACCAAACUUGUCCAGGCUUUCUCCAGUUUUAUCACAUGCUUUUAAAAUUGUCCCAUUCAUCAACAACCAUGCCUAAAACAAAAGCAAACUAAGAGGACAGCUAGAUCAGGAGCAGAUCCACAGAAAUGGAGAUCACUUGGAGGGUUAGCAACAGGGGAGUCGGAGGAGGGGAAGCGGAGAAGGUACAGAGAAUAAGUAGCAUAGAUGGUGGGGAGAAAAUCAACUGGGGGAGGGCAAGAAUAGUAUGGGAAAUGUAGAAGCUAAAGAACUUGUGACACAUGGACAUGAACUAAAGGGAGGGAAUGUGGGGGCAUGGGGUGUGCAGGGUGGAGAGGAAUGAAGGGGUGGAAAGACAAUUGUAAUGGUAUAAUGGAUAAAAUAUAUAUUUUAAAAAUAAAUAAAAUUGUCCUAUUCAAAACUGAGACCAGCACUGAUGGCCGUGCUCCUGUGAAGGCUGCACUAACAUUAGAGUCCCGUGGGGGGCUGUCUGAAGAUUCCGAUGCCUGGUUCUCACUCUGUUCUCAUCCAGAGUUUCAGGGGGAAGGACCUAGGUAUGUGCAUUUUUAAAAAAGCAUCACAAGUGAUUCUGAUACAUAACCUGCUGAGGACCACAGAUGCAUAAAGUACUUGAGCUCCCUGGAACCCAGGCAGUGCAAAGACUUGUGCUAACCCCGGGCCUUUACAUCUCAGGACGUUGAGUUUCCUGGGAAAGUGCGGGUCUAAUCCAUUCCUAGUCCUCAUCAUCAGGACUUGAACAGCUAUGUUUUAACGUGGUAGUUUUCCGCAUCUGUGCUUGUAGUUUUUACUAACUUUUACCGCUUCUACAUAAUACUCUCAUAACUUUUGAUAGACUCUACAUUAAAGGCAGCUAUUUAAAUGAAAGGGUCUUAAAAGUAAAGGUACAUUUAACUGCUAAACAACCAUAUGACAUUUUGGAUGAAUUGCUGUACCUGGAAGCAUAACCGUUUGACUGGAGAGCAGCAAAAACGUGGUUAAAGACCGAUGUCCUGCAGUGCCGAGCUGGGGAGGUCCUGGCCAGGCGGGAGGGUCAGAUCUUGUUGUCCUCCCAGCCCUUCAACCUCCACCAAAGGCCCUCAGUAAAAUGGUUUGAUCACUCUCCUCCCCAAAAUGGGGAAAAACCUGUACGAUAGUAGACAAACUGCUUGAUUGUUAAUGUCUUUUUAAUCCACAUAAUUGGAAUAAGACAUAAAUUGUUUGGGACUUUUGAAUCACUCUGGGGCUAAAAGAAGUGUUUAUUGGGUAAUGACAGAGCUUUUUAUUCAUUGAGAGAAUUACUCAGUUUUGCAUGGAGUAAUCAGGCUGAUUACCCAAGUUAUAAAAAGGCUCCUGAGUUGAUUAAACACUAAAAAUGUCAUGAAAAAUGUAUCCUAAUAACAAUAUAUCCAGUUACUUAAAUGUGCAUGUGUAGAGUAUUAGAAUUUAAAUGUUAAAAUUUAUUUUGUU